CGAACGUACAAACUCUCCGUUAUUGUUCACGUGCACUUCACCGAGUCAACUUUUUUUUCGGUUACCAGUCCGUCUAGCAGGAUUAUUAUUAUCAGGCGUGUGUGUCAGUGUACGGACGCGUCCGUCGUAUAAAUAUCGUCUCCGCAACCAGUUCGUUUUAGUACUUCGAAUCGCCCGAAUCUCCGAUCUGCAGCAGGAGCAAUAAAAAUUUAUAAAAGUUGCAUCGUCUUUGAUCUUGAUCGCAUCUUCGCGUUCGCGACCGCUACCGGAGCUUUAGUGCGCGCGUUGAUUUGCUAUUUUCCGGCGAAAUUUCGAUUCGUAUCGCGUCUCGCUGAUUCGCGUCAAUUUUUUCCAUUCAUUUUCGGUAUCGAUCCGAUUUUCAUUUUCUCGAUCAUUUCAAGUGUACUGGCCGUCGGUAGUUAUCGUUUUGUGUAUAUGUUUCCAUUAUCUUGUGAUCAUUUUGCAGAUAAAAAGUGCAUUAACCACACCACAUUAAGAUGGCCGAGAAGCAAGAGAAAAGCGAGAAGAACUCAUCGGUAAUAGAUUUACAAUCGGUCACGGCAUCAAAUGCAAAAUUGACCGAAGCUGGAUACCAGAAAGAAAAUGGAAUCAAUGGAAAUCACAACGAAGUUUACGACCCGUUCUCAAAUCGAGAUACACAGCAUCGUACAUCUGAUUUCGGCGCUCUUGUUCAUUUAUUCAAAGGAAGUUUUGGAUCCGGAAUAUUGGCAGUUCCAAGAGCGUUUAUGAAUAGUGGUCUCAUACUCGGUAUCUUCGGAACGGUUGUUAUUGGUAUAAUAUGCGCCCAUUGUGUCUCCAUAUUAGUGAAAUGUUCGCACAUAUUAUCAAUCCGAGAUAAAAAACCAUCAUUAGGAUUUUCCGAUACAGCUGAAGUAGCUUUCAAAACAGGACCAACAGGAUUACGAAAAUACUCAAAAUUAGCAGGACAAUUCGUGACGUUAUCAUUAUUUGCGACUUACUAUUUGGGCAACACAGUAUACGUAGUUCUAAUAGCUCAAGCAUUUCAAGAAGUAUUCAACACCUAUUUCCACAUUCUCCUACCGAUAAGAUGGUAUAUUUUGAUAGUUGCCGUACCUUUGCUGCCUUUGGGUAUAGGCAGAAGACUGAAAUAUUUGGUACCGGUGUCCGCUUUCGGAGCAAUAUUUAUUAUAUUUGGAAUAGUGGUGACUUUUGCAUACGCUUUGAAAGAUUUACCCUCGAUUGAAGAAAGAAAAUUAGUUAACACUGUGGAUCAUCUACCCGUAUUCGUUUCUACUAUUUUAUUCGCCAUGGAGGGUAUUGGAACCGUGUUGCCUAUUGAGAAUUCGAUGAAACAUCCAGAUCAUUUCAGAGGAUAUUGCGGUGUGCUGAGUAUUUCGAUGAGUUUUAUCAUCGCCAUGUACGGUGUUAUUGGAUUCUUUGGCUAUCUGAAAUACGGCGAUAAAACCGAAGCGAACAUCACGUUAAAUUUACCCGAAGAUCCUUUAUCGAUUGCAGUCAAGUUAAUGGUUGCUUUAUCCAUCUUAUUCACAUAUGGUCUACAAUUCUGCGUCCCUUCGGAAAUCGUGUGGAAUCGAUUAAAACCCAGUGUUAGUGCGAAAUACGAAACUUCAGCGUAUUAUGUCAUGAGAGGAUCGAUGAUCAUUGGAACAGUAAUAAUCGCCCUAAUCAUACCAAACCUUGCGCCGUUCAUCUCACUAGUCGGAUCGGUAUGUCUGUCGAUUUUGGGCCUUUGGACACCAGCUAUGAUAGAAUUGGUGACGUAUUGGGAAGAAGACACUGGAUACUGGCGAGUUGUGAAAAAUAUUUUCAUAAUGGUCUGCUCCAUUGGCGCUCUAAUCUUCGGAAGUUAUACCAGUAUUAUAGAUAUCAUCAGUUAUUAUACAGGUGUACAUGAAUGAAACGACUGAUCCCACAUGAAGUGUAUUCUAUCUUCCUUAAUUCCCCUUCUUCUCCCUUCACUUCUCCUCCCAUUUCCUAUCCAUUUCUAUUCUCUCUCCUCGUAUUUUUUUCGCACCUUUUUUUCUCAGUAAAUUACAUUUUCAUUUGUGUUUAUCCAACUUCAGCAUUUUUUCCUCACGUUGACGACAAAGUUUGCAAAAGAAACAAUAUUUAUUCAGAUCACUUCCGUUCUAAUUUAUGACGAAUUUUCAUUUCGAAAAUAAUUUAUACAAUGUGGUUACACUGUGUCCUUUUUUAUAUACUUUUGAAUUACUAUAUAGGACCACAUUAUGAAUGUAUGACAAAGUCGUCGUUGAGUAAUUUAAAAUUGCGACAAUUAUUAUUUUUUUGUUACCAGUAAGUUUUUAAUUUCUCAACUGAUCGUAAAACGAAAACAAAAAAAAAAUACGUAUCUAAGUAGCUAGAUUUAAAUUUCAUGUCCUGUGUUUUUCUUUUUUUCUCUUGUACUCUCUUAGUUCCUUUGUAUGUACUUCCUCAUUAAAAUCGAGGCAAACGUAACUAUAUUCAACAUAUUAUUAGCACAAACCUCGAUAGAUUUUUGACUUUACCUACGUAAAAAGUAACCAAUAAGUACUGUAACUUAUGCCCUUUCUCCACUCGAAGGGCAGUUACGUAUUUCGUAGACUCGAAACCAAUUCAUCAACGAUAUGUCACAAAAAUCAAGAACUUCAAAUAGUUAUUCUUUUAUCAUUCUCGAAAACGAUUAUAUAUUGGUUGGCUAAUAAAUACGACACAGGUAGAUUAAUUAUAGAACAUUUACAGACGAUAAUUUCGAUUCUCAACACGACACAUACGAAUUAACAUGGACAAUUACGAGGAGGCGGAUAGUUGUUUCACUGUGUCUUAUUUUUUCGCGACUAAUCGUUCAUUAGCGCCAGGCGCUAUGCCUGGGCUAUCCACCUCGCCCUUGAACGUGCAAAAUGUACCGUUAUGUUUAUUAAUCGAACCACAUAUCGGUACUUUUUGUUGUGGAAUUUUUCGUGAUGUUUUUUUAUACAUUUCGUUGCAUUUCCUAUUAUCAUUUCUAUACGUGACAACUAUCCCCCUCCUUUAGAAAAUGCUCGUCCCGAGCAUUUAACAACCUUACAAUUAACAAUCUUACAAAUAAGCAUAUAUCACCUUUAUUUUGAUCAUUAUAAUAGUUUUCUUAAAAUUAAUUACAAAUUAGAGCUGUCGAUUCUGGUGGUAGUAAUGGGAAUUUGUCUGCUGAGGUAUAGGGAAUAUAGUUUUAGAAUGAUUAUUGUUUCAACAAUUACGAUAAAGGUCAGGAUUGUUAGCCACGAUAUAUAGAAAAUAUCCCCCCAAAAUUGAUUUUCAAACAUCCCUUUUGGGGGUUUUUUCAUUUCAAUCAGUCUUAUUCUGUUUUUGAUUUCUUCUGUAGAAGUUUUUAUAGCAAAAUUUGGGGUUAGAUCUUUCCAGUUUUUGUUGACUAUUUUUGAUAUGUUUUUGAAAAAUAUAGUAUUUUUCGUUAGGGCAUCGGCUGAAAGAGUUUCGAAUUCUGUCCAUUGGACGGGUAGGAUUCUAUGGUACGAGUAUUUUUCAGAUUUCUGUAUACAUGGGAAUUGUGUUUCGAUUAAUGUUUUUACGUUAUCUGUUAGUUCGUAGUCACAUGGUAGUUUUAUUUUCAUUGCACCGUAAUGGUCUAGUGUGAAGUUAAGUUUGGUUUUUCCUUGAGUUUUUGCGUUGUUAAUGUAGAGUUCCUGUUUCAGGUUUGUCAGUAUAAAUUCUGUGUCAUCAAUCUUUCGUAUAAUAAUUUUGUCAUGGUUCUUUUCACACCUAAAUCCACAUAUGUUAUUAAGUUCGUUUCUAGAUUUCUUCUUAAAUAUGGCUUCUAUACAUAGAGGAAAUUCAUCGGCUGUAUCCUCAUAGGAUGAAAUGUAACAAAGUCCUGAAUUUUCAUUGCAGUUUUUUAUUGAGGUACCUGUUAUAAUUUUUGCAUUUUCAUUUUCAUAGUCAAAAGAUAGGUAAGAUGGCUCAGUAUGCAUAUAGCCUAUUUCAUUUUCAAAAAUAAAGGGUAUCGGUAAAAAUUCAAAAACUUCCCAUAAUGCAUUUUUUGUUUUGAUGGGGACUUUAAUGUGCAGUGAAAUUUCAUUUUCGGAUAUUGAACAGGUCGUUAAGGGAUGGGUGUAGUAAUUUUGGAUUUUCAAUAUGUCAAUCGCCAGGGAAAAUUUACUCUUUUUCAAAUUUUGUUCUAAUUUUUCAAGGUCAUUUUUCAAAGUUUCAAUGUCGACAAGGGUAGAAGGUAGCUUAUGGGCUUUGCAGUGCAGAAGGAUGUCCCUCAUGAAAUUUUCGAAGGCAAUUUUUUGAAUAAUAUUAAUCAAGUUUAGGAUGUUUUCCUGAGACUGGGUCAUGAAAUCAGUCUCAGGUUUUAUGUAGUCUUCAAAAAUAGAAUUUAUGCGAUUAUUCAUUUCCUCGAAUUCGGAUACAAUGGUUUUAGAGAAGGUGUUUAGUUUUUGAGUGGUGUUAAAAAGUUCCGAAUGGCUAUUUAUAAGUUCAGUUCUCAGUAUCUUAUAGUUUUGAUUGAGGGAUUCCUGGUUUUGGUAGAGUGGUUCAGUUUCCUUUAGAGUUAUUAAGUUGCAGCACCAGUUAUAAAAGUCUCCGAAAAACUGGAUGCCUCUUUUUUCUCGUUUAUUCAGGUAUUUCGAAUCAAAGUUGUAAGAUUUUAUGGUUUCACCAACGAAUUUGUCUAGAGUUUUUAACAUUUCAUAGUUUUUCAUUUUUAUAUUACAGAAGCUGGUUAAGCCUUCUGGACACUCAUUUAUUCUCAUUUUUCCAAAAUGUUGUUGUUUAGGCAUUUUUAAGGGGACAGUGUAUUCUAAAAGUAGGGAGUUUUCAUAUGAGAUAAUUUUUGAUAAUUUCCGAAAGUAACCACCAGCGACAACUUCCACGUCAAGAUGGUUGCUUGUGGCAAAGUGUAGGGUGAGUAAAACAGUCAUAAUUGGAACCAUAUUCUGAAACAGAUUGGAGAGAGAAACAUGUAGUUGAAUGGAUUAGACAGUAUUAGGAUAGGGAAUGUUGGGAUUUUUGAGUAGAUGGUUUUAUCCAAAUUUCAUGUUUUUUACUUUCAUGUGCCACUUAUAUUGUUUCUGGGCUUCUCGUGGGUUGUAAAAUUUAGUUCUUUUGGUAUGAGUUCUUUUCGUUGGUGGAAUAAUCAGUAUAAGGUGACCGUUUUCUGUUGUCUUUAGGGUCCAUUUUUCCAAAAUUUCCUUUGUGGGUUUUGUUAUGUCAGCUUUGUCUGUAAGUAGUAGGAUUUUUCCAAUUUUUUUCAGUUCCUGUUGUUAACCAGUUAUUAUUUUCGUCAAAGUUUUCUGGGAGUGGGAUUAUACAUUUCUGAAAUGUCUGUAGUAUAUUUACGACACCUCGGUAUUUUUCGGCAAGAAUAGUGGUUUCGUUCUCCUUCAAAUUUUGAACAAUAUCGAAUGCAAGGUUAUUUUGGAAUUUUCUUAUCUCAUGAUCGUUAGAAUGUUGCCAAAUAGGGUUCAUCUCUACAAGAGUUUCUCUGUUUUCGUCAGUUAGUUUCAAAGUUUUUGUUUCAAUGUCACUCAAGAUUUUUCCCAGUUUUUGUCGAUUUGACAUUCCUAAUAUGAUGAAGUAAAUCAAUUCUUCUUCCAUUUCGUUUUGAAGCACAACUGAGUUUUGAUGGAUUUGGGUUUGUAAUGUGGAGUAAAUUUCGGAGUUUUUUAUAAGCAUUACAGAGUUGAGAUCAGAGUACCCUAGCAGUCUAGUUUGUGUAAAGGCUUCAUUUUUAAAUUUUUCUCUUUCAUCUUUGAAUAGAAUCGGAAAUGACCUAGGGUAACUCCAUAUUCGGUUCUCAUCAUCGACUGCUUGAAUCAUUCUUAUCAUGAGCAUUCCGACAUAUGAAGUUUUAUUCAUUUAUCCUGAUUUUAUUUUUUCCUUGCAUACUUCAUGUAUAUAUCUCUCAUACGCGUACACACUAUCUAGAGCCACGUAUGACACUUUUUCUGAGACUAGAUAUACAUAUAUUUCAUUAUCGAAGUUUAAUUUAAAUACUUUAUUGCUGUUUAUUGAAGAGUGUAUCUGCAAUCCUGACUCGUACAAUAUUGGGUGACCUCCAUUUCGCAUUGGUCUAGUAAGGUAAUUUUGCCUUUGAGAUGUUGCCGUUUUUCCUUGAUUACCUUUUUCCUGUAAAGUUUCAUCCUAUGAGUUUCUCUUUAGAGAUUCCAAAAUUAUUCUACGCAUUUUCUUUAUGGGGUCUUUCCUUCAUCAUAAUUUUUCAUACUUCUUAAAAUUUUCAAAAUUUCAUCAUUUUUCCUUUUUAGCAAGGAUUAUUGCUACAACUGGGUGAUCAAUCCUGCUGUGGCUCCUCGCUAGAGGCAAAUCUAGAAUACCUCAGAAAAUGUAAGUUUUUUUAGACGUCUUUAUUUUUCAAAAAUUUUUAAUUUUUCAUUUUAUCGUUUUAUCGCGCGAUUUUUUAAUCUUCAGUUUCACUACUUUCUUCGUUAUCAGUUUUGUUAUUUUGGGGUUCUUUGUUUCUUUGAUGGUAUUUCUUUAGUCUUCGUACAUGUACAGUAUCUUCAGUCAUUUUCCCCCUGAUAGGUAAUUCAAUUUUGUAGUUUUCUUCUGAUAUUUUUUCCUUCACUUCAUAGGGCCCUAAGAAUUCUUUGUAAAAUUUUCCCUGUUGAAUUGGAUUUUUCAACAUUACUUUUUCCCCAACUUGAAAAGAAACUUGUUUACGAUUUUUGUCGUAGUUUCUUUUCAUUUUUUCGUUAGCGUUUUCUACUAAUUUUGGAAUUUGUUCUCUAAUUUCUCUGAGUUUCUCAAUUUUUCCUAGUCUACUCUCAUUCUCAUCUAUCCCUAGUUUGUUCAAAAUUGGUGAGUUGGGCGUUUGACCAAACAUCAGAAAGUAUGGGCUUAGACCUUUCAAGCUUUCAAUUGGACUUGCAUUAUACGAAAAUGUCACAAAAGGGAUAUAAUUUGCCCACUUUGUUGGGUUGUCUGCCACAUACGAUUUUAAAACCUCACACAGUGUUUGAUUUGUCCUUUCACAGGCUCCUUGUGUCUGUGGAGCAUAGGCUGUACUAAAGUAUAAUUUAAUUCCCAGGCUUUUGCAAUUGUCUAUCAAUUUUUGAUUUUUAAAAUGCGUUCCCCUAUCAGUUGUGAUUUUCUUUGGACAUCCAAAAGUCGUGAUAAUUUCAUCCAAAAAUUUUAUCACUGCGUCGGCAUCUGCGGUUUUCACGGCCUUUGAAAAGGCAUACUUCGUGGACUUACAGAUACCUACUAGUAUGUAAUUUUUCCCUUGGCUAGAUGGUAAAGGGCCCACAAAAUCAAAUUCUACGUGAGCUAAAAUUGAUGUGUCCUCAAGUGGUAUGGGUCUUAACAAACCAGUUUUUUUCCCUCGUUGACGCUUGGUUUCUUGGCGAAUUUGACAUGUUCGAAUGUAGGUUUCAGUAUCCUUUCUAAUACUUUCCCAAUAAAAUUUUUCUUUGGUUUUUUCGAGUGUUUUGUAUAAAGCGAAAUGACCUCCUCCUACUGGAGAAUCAUGGUAAUUUUCAAGAAUUUUAUUUUGAAGACUUUUUGGGGCAACAAGUAGUUUUUUCAAACCUUGGGGAGAAUCAAUUUUAUAUUUCAAAAUUCCAUUUUCAAUCAAAUAGUUUCUACUUUUUUUAUAUAGGUUUUCGAGGGAUUUGUUCUUUUUACCAUUUUUUAUAUCAAUCAUUUUUUUACAAAAUUCAUCUUUUUCUUGUUCAUUUUUCAAAUCAAAAGGGUCAUCAUUUGGAUUAAUAUUGUCGAUUAUGGUUCUGCUUAGGGUAUCAGGUACAAUAUUGUCUUUACCUUUUUUGUGUUUGAUUAUGAAAUCAAAAUCUGAUAAUUUCAUAAUUAAUCGCGCCAUUCGUGCUGAUGGCUCUUUCAUGUUUCGGAAAUGGGUCAGAGCCAUAUGGUCUGUAUAAACUACAAAUUUUAUGCCAUAAAGGUAUUCUCGAAAAUGUAACAGUGUCUCAAUUAGAGCAGUCAUUUCAAGGUCAUAAGCUGAGUAUUUUUUCUGGUUGCCUUGAAGCUUUUUUGAGUAAUACGCUACUGGGUGUUUUUCGCCUUUUUCGUUAAUUUGAUGCAAAACGCCUCCUACAGCUAUGGCUGACGCAUCAAUUUCUACAAUCGUCUCCCUAUCUUCUUUAUACAAAGCUAGAACUGGUGCUGUGCAUAACAGCUUUUUUAAAUGAUUGAAACUUUCUUCAGCUUUUUCAUUCCAAUCGAUUUUUUCAUUACUUUUUGGGUCUCCUUUUGUUAGGUCAGAUAUAGGAGCCGCUAUUUGCGCAAAAUUUCUUAUAAAUUUUCGAUAAUACCCACAUACUCCCAGAAAUGAUUUUGCUUGUUUGACCGUUUUUGGUCUUUUAAAAUUUUGAAUUUUUUCGGUAUUUUUCUCUGUGGUUACAAUUUUACCACCAUUUACUUUAUGGCCCAAAAGUUCUACCUCGUUAUAAAAAAAAUGACAUUUUGAUGUUUUCAAUUUCAAAUUUAAUUUUUUCAAACGUUUGAGUGUUUCUCUUAAAUUUUCCAAAGCUUCCUUAAAUGUUUUUCCAAAAGUGCAGAUAUCAUCCAUAUACGCCACAACACGCGCAUAUAGAAUAUCUCCCAACGCAUCAGUGACUGCUGCGCUGAAUGCAGCUGGAGAAUUUUUUAACCCUUGGGGUAAGACUGUGAAUUCGUAUAACUCGUUAUCUAUAAUUAUGGCCGUGAUAUGUUGAUCCUCCUCCUUUAUGGGGAUUUGGAAAAACCCUUGGUUGGCAUCCAUGACACAAAAAUAUUCAGAUCCUACUAAUGCCAUAAAUAUAGCCUCAGCACGGGAGACAGAAUUUCGAUCAGUAUGUAUUUUUUCGUUUAACUUCUGAAAAUUGCACAGUAGCCUAAAGUCACCUCCUGGCUUUCUUUUUACAAAUGCAGGAGAUGCGUAUGACGAUUUACUUUUUUUCAAAAUGCCUGCUUUUACCAUUUUCGUAAUCAGAGCUUUUAGCUCUCGCCUUUCUACGGGUGCAAGUUUAUAGCCUCGUGUAAAUACUGGUUUUUUGUCGAUAAGUUUUAUGGGAUAAGGUUCUAUAUUAGCUCUUCCUACUUUCAGUGGAUCAGAAGUAAAUAAGUCGAUAAACUCACUCAGCACACCUUCAACCUGUUGUUUUUGAGCUUUUUCUAAAUUUGGGUUAAUAUCGAGUUUUUUCCCUUCUGCAUCACAGAGUGUAUCUUUUUCUCCUUUUCCUACUUGAUGAUUCACGUUGAGAAUUUUUUGUGGAGUAAUUAAAUUGAUACGUGUACCUGGUUGAAUAAUUUCAUAAUCUGUUGUGAAGUUAUAAAUGAAGGUGACGUUACCUUCUUCUUCUUUUUCAACUAUCAUUUUUGCGAUUCGCUGAUUAGGAAAAAUUUUUUUCGUUGUAGGUGAAUUAUUUAUAAUUUCGAUACCUAUUGCAUUUUCUUUGACAUCGUGUUUGUUUACAGUUAAUCCACUCCGUGUUGCGAAAUAUUUCAGAGGGUGGAUUGUAACAGUAUCAUCCGCAAGGUUACUCUUGUUAUUUACAAAAAAUAUCGACUUUUGCUUAGGUGGUAUAAUUACGUCAUUUGUUGCGAAAAUUUCACCAUCUUUGUUUACCUGGAAGAUAUUUGUGUCGUGGCUGACAUCCUUUAUCCAUUUUUUAUCAAUUUCGAGCAAAACUCUAUUGUGACUAAAUCCUAUUUCCAAAAAUUCCCUCAUGAAAUCGAUCCUAGCUCUAUAUUGCAUUAAAAAAUCAAUACCUAACAACAUUUCUGCUGAAAGCCCUCUUAUAAUAUAUGCCUUAAUUUUGAAUUUUUUCCCAUUAAUGAUUAUUUGUGAAUUUACAGUGCCCAUAAUUUCAAUAGUAUCAUUACAACAACCACCUACCUUCAAUGAGGUUUUUUCUAAAAUUAAAUUUUUAUCUACUACCUUAUCACUAAUACACGUAAUAUUACUACCAGUGUCAACCACUGCAUUUAUAUUUUUCCCACUUAAUUCUAAGGUUACGUUUAUUUGAAAAUUGGGGGCAUUAUGCGAAUUUAUUCGAGUGAAAGCCCUUUUUCUGACAUCCUCAUUUUCGAUUUCUUCAAUACAUUUUUUCACUUCAUUUUCCUCAGUUUUUCCUGCAUUCUCACUUAUGUCGUUUUUCUCACACUUUUUUACGACAAUUUUUCCAGACUUUUCUACAUUUUUAUUUACAUCACUUUUUCCAUUUGUUUUUUCAAAAAUGUCCCCAAUUUUCUCAUCUAUUCGUUUUUUUUCUCAUCCUGUUUUUUUUCUUGCUUUUCAAAUUGUUGUCCACCAUUUUUAUCAUACCAGGAAUUCGGUCUUCUAUAUCCGCCUCGAAAACCUCUAUAAUUAUUCCCAUAGCCACCUUGAUCUCCUCGAUAAUGAUCUCCUCUAUAGUUAUUACCUCGGUAAUUGUUGCCUCGAUAGUUGUUUCCUCGGUAGUGAGAUCCUCUAUAGUUAUUAUUUCCUCGAUAAUUAUUAUAACCCCCUCGAUAUCCUCUAUGGUUAUAAUUUGGUCUCCAGUUAUUUCGUCCUCUGUAUGGUCUGUCACUUUGGGUAUGUGUACUGUAUAUUUUUGUUUCGUUUUUUACGUCUAAUUUUUUAAUUUUUUCUAUUGCCUCCUGUAAUUCUCUCUCGCUAACCUGUUCCUGUAUCAAUUUCCUAUAUUCGAUUUUUCCAAUGUUUUGGAUUAACUCUUCGAUUGUAUCGUUAUUCAUUAUUGCCACUGUAUCAAUCAUGUCCUUUGGGAGUCCUUUAAUGAUGUAUUCGCACAGUUCAGGCUCUUGCAUGUUUGGAUUUAGCUGAAUACACCAAUCUCUCAUCUCAUUUACAUAGGUUAAUAGGUCCUCGUCCUCCUUGUAUCUCCGUUUGCUGAUCUUAUUUUUAAUUAGGAUCCCCUGCGGUUUGAAUUGCGCAAUUAUCCUAUUUUUCAGUUCUUCAUAGGAUGUGAUGUUUUUAAUUUUUUUAAGGUAGGCAUACGUAUUGUAUGCCUUUCCUUCUAAAUAUUCGGGGAGGUACUUUAUUUCUUCUUUGUCGGUUAAUUUCCUAGCUUUAUAAGCUGCCUCAAAUCUAUCGAAAAAUUCUUCUACAUCUCCUUCACCCUUAUACGCUCCUACUUUAAAAUUCCUAUCACCCAUUUCGUCUUCGCUACUUUCACUUUCACUACUCUCACUUUCACUACUUUUGUUUUCACUAGUUUUAAUUUCGUUAUUUUUUUUAUUUUCCAAAUUUUUAUUUAUAUCUGGGUUUUCGUUUUCAGCAGUUUUGGUUUGUUUUUCCGUUUCGUCAAGUUGUUCGUUUUGUUUUUCGUCAAGUUUUUCGUCAACUUUUUUUGGCGUUUUUAAGCUAUCUAGAAUUUCAUUGAUGUUCGGGACCGCCCAAUUGCGUUCUACAGUAUUCAAAAAUUCGUCAAUUUUUUCCCACUCAAAAGUUUCCCUUUUCUUUGGGAUAUCUGAGAAGAUUUCUUCUAGUUUUUCACCUAUUUCGGGAAAAGUUCGCACAAAUUUUCGUAAUCUUCCCCUCAAAUUGUCUAAAGUCCCUUCUGAGUUUAUUUUGUAGACCUGUAAAAGUUUUUCUAAUUCUGGUUUUCUCAACUCGUUAAUCCAUGAGGUUUUGAUUUGAUCCAUAUAAAAACUACCAUAGGUACAAAAAGCUUAAGACCAACUCGAAAAAACACAUAGUAAUGUCCAAAACGUAAUAUUGGGGGUGGAAGGGUAUUCUGAUUUUGACUAGUUUAAAAUAACAAUACCAUUUUUAUUUUAUUUUUUUCAACUGUGUCCUGGAUUCUGAUACUGGCGAAAUACCCUUUGGUUUGGUUCAACUGGCAAAAUUCUCCUUUAACGAGUUGUUUUUUGACAGCAACGAUUUAUUGGACCACAACGAGUUGUUUUUGAACAGCAACAAUUUUUUGGGCAGCAACGAGUUGUUUUUUUGGACAGCACCAAUUUUUGAUCAAAGAUUUUGGACAGGAACGACCUUGGACAGCUGCGAUUUUGGACAAGUAUUUCAAACAGCAACGAUUUUCGACAAGACUUUUGGACAGGAACGACAGGGUCAGAGUCACGAAAAAUUAUACCCGUUGGUCCAAGUGAUAACAAUUGGUAUUCGUUGGGGGAGCUCUUCAAUUUGUCUUUAUUCCGAGAAGACUGGACAAAAAUUCACGUAGAUAUUCCAAACGAAUGUGUUACAAAGAAUAAUCACCAUCUGACUGAGACUGGCCACAAUUCCAAUAAUUAUAACGAACGUAGAGACUUCCAGUGGUAUCCUUUAUUCAUCUACCAUGGACAGCUUUCGAUUUUGGACAAAGAUUUUUGACAGCAACGAUUUCUGACAAAAUUUUGGAUUUCUUACAGGAUCCGAAUCACGAAAAAAUUUUUACCCGUUGAGCGCCACUUGUAACUUAUGCCCUUUCUCCACUCGAAGGGCAGUUACGUAUUUCGUAGACUCGAAACCAAUUCAUCAACGAUAUGUCACAAAAAUCAAGAACUUCAAAUAGUUAUUCUUUUAUCAUUCUCGAAAACGAUUAUAUAUUGGUUGGCUAAUAAAUACGACACAGGUAGAUUAAUUAUAGAACAUUUACAGACGAUAAUUUCGAUUCUCAACACGACACAUACGAAUUAACAUGGACAAUUACGAGGAGGCGGAUAGUUGUUUCACUGUGUCUUAUUUUUUCGCGACUAAUCGUUCAUUAGCGCCAGGCGCUAUGCCUGGGCUAUCCACCUCGCCCUUGAACGUGCAAAAUGUACCGUUAUGUUUAUUAAUCGAACCACAUAUCGGUACUUUUUGUUGUGGAAUUUUUCGUGAUGUUUUUUUAUACAUUUCGUUGCAUUUCCUAUUAUCAUUUCUAUACGUGACAGUACCUAAUAAUAGCGCACAACCGCGACACACAAAAAAAAAUUUACUUCGUGUGAAAUUUAUUACCCUUAGUGAAAAAGAAAAUCGCACUUUAGAAUGUCGCCGUUUUAAAAACGACUUCUUCAGAAAUGUAUCCGAAUAACUUGGAGUCUUGCAAAUUAAAACCGUCGAGUAUUACAUUCCAACAAUGUCGUCGUAUAACUACGACGUGUACUAUUAGUAAUUUAUAGCGUAAUUUGUCGUAUUUUUUCUUCCUUUUUUUUAGUUUUUUCUUUCUUUCUUUUAAAUUUUAUAUAGCUAGAGAGAAAUAAUUGUGAUAAAUUCGAUUUUUAUGUGUGUAUAAUGAUUUUAAAGACAUUUGAAUCGUUGUUGUUUUUUUCCUUUUAUUGUAUGUAUUUUUUUCUUCUGACUAUGUUUAAUUUUUAAGCGACAAAAACAAAAAAAGCUUGUACAAAGUAUAAAUAAAGUUCUUUUUUAAAUUUU